UCUUUUUAUCUUCCAGAUACCAACGAAUGUCUUUUCAGCAAUGGAGGUUGCAGUGGUAGAUGCUGUAACACCAUUGGUAGCUUCUACUGUAAAUGCGAUGUUGGAUUUGAACUUGCCAUGGAUGGAUUCAGCUGUAGAGAUAUCGACGAGUGUGAACAGAACAACGGAGGCUGCCAGCACACCUGCCGUAACACCCACGGAAGCUUCACGUGUGAAUGCCCCUUCGGAGAGCGACUCAACCCCGACGGUGUCACCUGCACUCCUCAAGACGGAUGCGCAAUCAACAACGGCGGUUGCCAGCACCAAUGUCUCUCGCAUCCUUACGGUCACUUCUCCUGCCAGUGUCACGCCGGUUAUAGACUGGCCGGAGACGGGAGGUCGUGUCAACCUUCAAACCCUUGUGCCAUCAACAACGGAGGUUGCGAACACACCUGUCUCAACAUGGGUGAUAGAGCCUUCUGCAACUGUAACACUGGUUACAGGUUAGCGCAAGAUGGGAAUAACUGUGAAGAUAUUGAUGAGUGUGCUACCAGGAACCAUGUAUGCCAGCAGGAGUGCACCAACACCGUCGGAUCAUACCGCUGUAGCUGCGUCACUAACUACAUGCUUGAAACAAACGGCAGGACAUGUAAACUGCAAGCAAUCAUCGACAUCGAGCCCAUCGACCCGUGUGAGAACCACCAAUGCCAGUUCAACUGCACCAUGAAAUGGAACAGGCCUGUCUGUACCUGCCCUAUAGGUUUCGAGCUCUCACCCGAUCAAAGAAAUUGCCAAGAUAAAAACGAGUGUAACAUUGGCCAGAGUUGCUGCGCGGCCACUCACCAGUGUAUCAACACCGAGGGCAGCUACACCUGUCUCUGUCGUCCCGGAUUCUUCCUGAGUGAUGAUGGAUGCAGUUGUAUCGAUGUUGACGAGUGUGCACAGCGUAGCAGUAACCAAUGUGAUCAGACAUGCACCAAUACGCAAGGAUCGUACCUGUGCGGAUGCAACAAUUCUUUCCAACUGGGCGACGACGGUUUCUCGUGUCUUAGAAUGUUGCAGACACGCCCAACUCCGUCAUCUCCAAGCUUCCAGUUCCCUCCUUUCCAAAACAGUGAGCUAAGUACAGGCCAGCUGGAGCAGGGACCGCAAACAAGCUUUUGUCGAGAGGCUAACUUUGGACCUCAGUGCCAGUACUCGUGUACUGACUGUAUGAACGGGGCCAGCUGCAACCAAGAUCUCACCGGGUGUGAAUGUCUACCCGGCUGGCAGGGCACCAUCUGCAACGAGACUUGUCCAUCCAACUUCUUUGGUGAGAAUUGCCAGCAGCCAUGCCUUUGUCAGAAUGGAGGAACCUGUAACCCCAUCACUGGUGACUGCACCUGUCUACCAGGAAUCGAAGGUCCUCGUUGCACUGAAGGUUGCCCUCCCGGAUUCUGGGGCAAGGACUGCGUCAAGGAAUGCAACUGCCCGUCCGGUAUCACGUGUAACGAGAGAUGGGGAACCUGCCUGUGUAGGGCCGGCUACUUUGGACCUCACUGCAGUCAACCAUGCCCCGCCUUCUACUACGGCAGCAUGUGUAAUGAGCAGUGUGACUGUCAUCCGGUCCAUUCCUUGGGAUGCGAUCCCGUCGAAGGUGCCUGUAGGUGCAAGCCUGGAUACGAAGGAGACAGAUGUCAAAAUGAAUGUCGUCUUGGGAUGUACGGUGAGCAGUGCAGGCACGUCUGUCAGUGCCUUGAUGCUUCCAUGUGUAACAAGGUCAACGGAGAAUGCAGCAGGGAAUGCUCGGCAGGGUACACGGGAGAGGCCUGCGAAAGAUCUUGUGACUUUGGAAGCUACGGAGUGAACUGCAAGUUCACCUGCCGAUGCGGAGGAAACGAUUGUAACAGCAUCACUGGAGAAUGCUUCUGUGAGGCUGGCAAGACCGGGACUAGCUGUCUGGACGAUUGCCCCGAUGGUACCUGGGGUAUCUCCUGCAGGAGCAACUGUACCUGUACUGAGGAUAAGGUCUGCGACAAGACCACUGGAGAGUGUCUCUGCCCGCUGGGAUACUUUGGAGAAAACUGCAGGGAUCCUUGCCCCAGCGGUCGCUAUGGUCUAAUGUGUCGUCACGAUUGCCAGUGUCAGAACGGAGCUGAAUGUAACUCAGAGUCAGGAGACUGUACCUGCACACCGGGAUGGAAGGGACAGUUCUGUACAGACGAAUGCCCUGUUGGUUUCUAUGGUGUCGGCUGUGCAACGAGAUGCACCUGUGAGAACAGUGCAGGAUGCGAUCCUGAGACGGGAGAAUGCAUCUGUACUCCUGGAUGGAGGGGAGAACAGUGUGACCAAGCUUGUGAGCCUGGCUUCUAUGGUGUCAACUGUGAGAACCUGUGUAUGUGUCUCAACAACGCUACCUGUGAUCAUAUCAGCGGGACAUGCACAUGCGCACCAGGAUGGAGAGACAGAUUCUGUGCUAAACCCUGCCCUGAUGGUUACUAUGGUCUAGACUGUCGUCAUCGCUGUAGCUGUGGUAACGGAGCUCAUUGUAACGCUACCAACGGACAUUGUAACUGCCCUGCUGGAUACACAGGACAAGGAUGUAGAGACGAAUGUCCUGAAGGUCAUUUUGGUGAAGACUGCCGAGGUACAUGUAACUGUGCUAACGAUGCUGAAUGCGAUCACGUCAGUGGAAGGUGUAUCUGCCCCAGCGGUUGGAUCGGAGUCAGGUGCCAUCAACAAUGCCAGCCCGGUCGCUAUGGUAUCAACUGCCAGCAGCGUUGCAUCUGCCAGAACGGACUCUGUGAUCAUGUGACUGGGAUGUGCGCCUGUGCGGCCGGAUGGGUGGGACGUGCCUGCCAGCAACCUUGUGCACCAGGACACUUUGGCAUCGGAUGUCUGCAGUCGUGUUCUUGUCAGAAUGGAGGAAACUGUGAUAAAGUCAAUGGAACAUGUUCAUGUGCACCAGGAUGGCACGGAGAUGUCUGUGAACUAGCUUGCUUCUCUGGUUACCAUGGUGUCAACUGUGAAGAGAGAUGUCAGUGUCAAAAUGGAGGUCAGUGUGAUGCCCAGACUGGUGCAUGUACAUGCACUAAUGGCUGGAGAGGAAGGCUAUGUGAAAAACCUUGCAUCCCUGGUACCUACGGCAGCCAGUGCUCAGAGACCUGCGGCUGUGGAGCUGAGAACCCUUGUGAUCACAUCACCGGAGCUUGCAGGUGUCCUCCGGGCUUUGCUGGAUAUGAAUGCAACUCACCUUGUCCACCCGGAACAUGGGGCCAGGAUUGUGCUGAGGCCUGUACCUGCGGACGCAACACGAUCUGCAAUUCAGUGACCGGGGACUGCCAGUGUAAGCCGGGCUUCAGAGGACACAACUGUGAAAAGGAUUGCAAGCACGGUCGUUACGGACCCGACUGCCAGCACCAUUGCAGCUGUCUGAAUGGAGGAUCUUGCCAUAUGGAUGAUGGAACAUGUCUGUGCCAGUCAGGUUUUAUCGGUGCACUCUGUGAGAGAGCUUGCCCCGACGGACUGUAUGGCCAGGACUGCCAGCAUAAAUGCCUCUGUCAGAACGGAGGUGACUGCCACCACGCAUCAGGGGUGUGCGAAUGCUCCCCCGGAUACACCGGCACCUUCUGUGCUACAAAGUGUGCAUUGGGAACCUACGGCCCAGACUGUUCGCAGGUCAAGGAUUGCCAGUUUGGUGGAGUGCUAGAUGUUAUCACUGGAGAGUGCCAAUGUGGGCUUGGAUAUACAGGGGAGAUUUGUGAUGAAGAGUGUCCGUGGGGAACGUACGGUAUGAACUGCGAACAGGAAUGUACUUGUGAAAACGGGGCUGAGUGUGAUAGGAUGUCCGGAUGCUGCUCGUGUACUCCCGGUUUCUACGGACAAAACUGUCAAUUUUCAUGCCCAGCGGGUACCUACGGUUCCUAUUGCGGCCGUAUCUGUGAUUGUCAUAAAGACGCUACGUGUGACACAGUGACCGGUCAAUGUAGGUGUCCAGCAGGUAGAACUGGACCGGAAUGCAAGCAGACCUGCCAACCUGGGUUCCACGGUCCAAACUGCAUUCAUGUCUGUGCCUGCUCUAACAGAACACAGUGCAACGCAGUCGCAGGUACCUGUGAUUGCCCCCCUGGAAAUACAGGGGACACCUGCACUGAAGAGUGCGCACCAGGCAAGUUUGGUCCAAACUGUGCUUUCAACUGUGACUGUUCAAACGGUGCUACCUGUGACCCCAGGACGGGAUCUUGUAGAUGUAUAAAUAACUUUAUUGGUGCUCAAUGUGAACAUGGUGGUUUGUAUGCUUUUCCCACACCGUCAACGCCGCUCAGAGGUGACAUAGGACCCAACGGAUUCUAACAAAAAACACUUCUGAAAUACAGACUCUGGAAAUAAAAAAACUAAAAAUCCAAUCAUGCAGCAGCAGCAUUGUCACACCCAACAAGGCUUUUGUUGAUUGUCUGGACGAUGCCAGCUCUUAACGAACGGGAGGCGAGGAUAGAGCAGGAGACGUCUUCAAUCAGAUGAAUGAAUAUUCAUGAUCCAGGAGGUCAUCUCAGGUCACCAUUUACAUAUUUGGUCACAAGAGGGCAGCAUUUGACUCUUCUCAUCAGACCAUACUUUAAGGAGAAUCGAUUUUGGAGCUUUCAACAGUAGCAACCACAGCUAGAUCAUGCAUCUCAUCUAAAAAAAUGGAGAAAGUUUUUUUUUUUCCAGAGUGUUUUUUAGAACGUUGAUACUUUUAGUUAAGUUAUUUGAAGGAAAUGUUUGAGCCAUGUCGACAGUAUCAGAGAUGUGUAUGUACAGCUUAAAUCCUUUCACACUUUCACAUGGUGAGAUGUAUACUUACAAAAAAAACGAUGAUGGCAUAUUUAUUUCUUAUUUCUUAAGGUUUGUGACUUUAAGAUGUUCCAAGGUGCUCGCUCAAUUUUAAUAUUGAAAAUAAAUGGAUACAGUGUAUAUCCACUUUUCAUCAAAGUCUAAGAAAAAUUUGCGCACUGUGAUGAAGUAUGCUUGGAAUCGGCAUCGACCAUCAUUUUCUGUAGCAAGAGAGAUAUCAAUACGCCUCCCGUGACCAAACAACCCAUGCUCUCUAUUCCUCUGCUCAUCCUCGCCGUUUUGCAAAUGAUUCUAUUUUCAUCCUGGCUUACACCAUGUGAUUUUUAUCAAUCUCCCAGCAUUAUUUAUUGUACAUUGUAUGAGGUUUUCUGAAUAGCAACCAUAAGAAAAAAAGUAUUGGGUCACUCGCUCGCUGCAAACCUCAAAAAAAGAUUGAUUGAUUUGAGAUAUGCGCGCAUGGUACUCUUUUAACUCGUAGAAAAAGAUUGAAUAGGUUGUGCAUGAGGUCGAUUCGCUUUUAAGUUAUAAAUGUUGUUGAUGGUGUAUCAAUGAAACUGGAAUCAUGGAUUGAGUUUGCUAAUGGAGACAUACAGUAAUUGCACAAGUUUAGAAUCCUCAUCAAGUAUAAAUAUAUAUAUAUUCAUGUAGGUAAUGUGUCGAUACAUGCAGCGUAAAUGUGAAAAAUAUGUUGUGUCAAGAUUUUAACGACUUUAACUAAUGGUACAUGUAUUUCCUCUUUUGUUUAUAGUUUUGUUGAUAAUUUAGAUUUAAAUGACCCGAUACUAUGUAAUGCAAGGGAGAGUGGAUGAGAAAAUGUAUGCCGUGAAAUUUUGUUUUGGUGUAUAUGAGUGAGUAUUGAAUGUUAGUAGAAAAUGUACAAUUUGAUGUGAGAGAGAGAAAGAGAGAGAGAGAAUGAAUAAGAGAAAGAGAGAGAUAGAGAGAUUGAUUUCUUUGUAGCACCAUCUUCCACUACAACCCUAUGUUUCCUGUAAUAAUCAUUAAGGAAAAGUUAAUUCUGUCUAUGCAAAGCUACUAUAUUUCUAGAUAGCAUACCAAUUAUGCAAAUCUUGACAUAAUUUACUUCCAAUCUCGUGUUUUAAACUAUAAUGAGUAGAAAGUAGUAGAAACUAACAUCUCUGCAAGUAUUGUUCAUGUAUAUCUGUACAGAAGAAAUCGAGGUAUUUUCGACAGAUGUGCGUCGUGUAUCCUAUGCAUGUAGAAUCUAUGUAUUCAGUAGGACCCCUGUCUUAUCUAUUUCAUAUGAUUCAGGUAUUUCAUAUAAUUCCAUCAUCAUCUUAUCUGUUAUAUUAGAAGAGGGAUGAUUUCAGUGAUUUUCAGAUGUGUACAUGUAUAUGCUGUAUAACAAAUUCUCCUCAAAGUGUAUUGGCACCAUGCCGCCUUUGUGUAGAAUUAAAUCGCUGUCUAUUUAUUCUCAAUACGAAUACAAUGUAUUAAACAAAGCAAGAACUGUUCUUUCUGAAAAAAAGAACGGUAGAAGUAUUUUUUUCAUAUCCGUGAUGAUUAUCGAUGCUAGUAUUGGAUUUUUGUCUAUCUAUGAUUCUGUUGUAGUUUGACAGAGGUGUAUUUUACGCUGUGUAAAAUAACGGUUAUUUAUGUGUGUGUGUAUUUUUAAUACAGUCCUCUGUUGUUUUGGGGUUGUUCUUUGUCGAGUUGCUUGUUUUUUGUCUGUAAUUUAUAUGUGCUGUCUAAGGCACUGGUGAGGCUGAAAAGACUACGGUAUGUGGAGCCGAUCUGCUCUGUUUUUAUAUUUCUUUUUUCUUUUCUUUAAAAUAUGAAGAGAUUAGAUUGCAUCAUACAUGGUAUAUUUUCAGGGGAUAAGGCCUGCACACUUUUACGUACCGGUAAACAGAUGGAGCAAGAUAAAAAAAAAUUAAAUUUCGUUUAGCUCUGACAAAGUUGUGAAUAUACAUUUAAAGUCUUUUUUGAUAAGAGAUGGUUUGUGCAGGAAAACCAUUGUACCCUGAUAAUGUCCAUAUUUUAAUUCUUCAAAUAAUUGGUCAUUCUUAAACAACAAAGUAAACUUUUCUAAUUACUAUUCUAAUAUGUGUAUGCUCUCAGUAUAGUUAUAAUAUGACAAACUGUAUUGUUUUUAAAUUUUUAACAAGUCGAUUGAUAUAUCCAUGACAAUUGCCGAAACUGUAUGAUAAGUUUCAGUAAUUUUUGUAUUAACAACUAAAAACAAAACGUUAAAAAAAAAUUAGAAAAUAAAAACAGUAAAAAUUUGUUAAUGCUGCUUCUCUGCAUCACAACAAUAUAUGUAGCUAGUAUAUUUUUAUUUGACGAAACAUGCGUAACGUUUUGACCUUUGACUUCUAUCUAAUAAUAUAAGCGACCAAUACCGUGUGACAACUAGUCUUAACCUCAGGAUCUAACAUUUUAUGUCGGAUUCAUACCAUAUGAAUCUUUAUUCUCUUUGAAUAACCAACUGUAUAUUAAGAAGAACUUAGUCUAAAAAAUAUGCAUUAUUUAUUACUUAUCAUACCUUACCUGUUGAAAAUGUGUUUUGUAAAAGUAAUGAAAAUUGAAAAGCCAUAAAAUUCCUUCAGGACCACAUUAACAAAUUUCUUUUAAUUGAGACUAACAAAGCUUCAUUAAUCAGCUCAAUGUUUCGACACCAUGGUGCUUUUUCCAAAUGGAAACAAACUAAAAAUGCUCUGAGGAAAAGAAACCAGUUCACAAUACCUCCUACCCAUUCAAUACAUUUUAGAUAUGUAAUAUCCAUUUCUGUGGGUUCUUGUUCCAUAAAACGUAACAGCAGUAUCACGGUCAGUUGACAAAUGGUGUAACUUUGCUGUAUGCUCUUUUUUUUGCCUCAAUGCUGCAAAUUUUCAGGGAAUCCAACAAGUUUUCAAAAGUUUCUUGAUCCAACCGACUAUUGAAAAUGGUUGACCUUCUCACCCACAUCGGUUUCCAUGGUGAUGAAUAUUUAUAUUAAAAUCUGGUUGGUUAUUUCCCGAUAUAGCAGCAAAAAUCAGGUCAAAUUUUAGCAGUGUAAAAGAAUCUUCUGAGCCAUAAUCUGUCUGUUUAAGUGAUGUGAAAUGUCAUAACAAACUGAAAUGGUGCUGAAUAUACACUGAUUACUGAUGCUUGCACAGACGUCUUUUUAAAAUACAUAGUUUGCGGGGUGUCUCUUCAUACCUGCCGACUACUGAAUAUCCUGGGUGGUUAUUUGUGUGACAUUCAAAGCGUUAACCAACAUAGAAGGAAACAGUUUGCAGAAUACCACCCCAAAUUUUCAAAGAUAUUUUGUCACUGGCUUUUCUUGUUCUCAUGAAAUAAACAAUGUCUCAAAUUUUCUCGAGACUGAUCAUACAUAUAGUUAUGCAUAUAUAUUAAAAAAUGUGAUGUUCUUUAAUCAAUGACCAGAAAUUUCUACUAAUGUAAGCAUGUUAAUGACGUUUUAGUAUUUAUGUUUAAGCUUAUAUAUGCAACUUUUGUGAGCAUUUUUAAUAAGGUAGUAGUCUGAAGCAGCAAUAUUGACAAAGUCUGAAUAUAAAUUAUGAUAUUUUUGAAUAACAUUUUCUCAAUUUCCAAUCGUAUUUUGUAUAAAACUGAACUGGAUAUUUCAACCUUUUUUUUUCUUGCUGUAUUUUUGGAAUUCAUAAUAAAUUGAUGAUCUGUUAUAGAUCACAUGGUAUGUAAAUAAAAA